ACUGCUUCUAUCACUGGUUUUCCUGGAGUUGUCAAAGUCCAGCAUUAUUUUUAGUUUUCGUGUGUUGUUUUUGGGAUUUUUCUCGUGGAAAACCAUGGAAGUGCUGAUAGAACAGCUAGGAAUUCCCAAGCGCCAAAUAUGUGAGACCAAAACUCCCAAUCGCUUUGAGAUUCUGACCAGCAACACCUGGAUCAAGUAUCUGGCCAAGUACAGCAAGCUCAUUUCAUUCCCAGCAUAUCAGAACACUAUUGAGGAAUGGGGAGACUUCAGCAAUGAUCCCCACUGGUCGAGAAUUUACGUGAGCGUACUCAAAAAGUACACACACAAAGUCAUUCCUCUGCCCAGAAUCCGUCAUGAUCCUAUUGAUGGGGAGAUGCCACUGUCCUACUCUCAGAUUCUGCACUACGUGAGCCAGAGCAAUCACAAAAAUCUCUGGAGGGCAGCUUACAAAAAAUAUGUGGAGAGUCAGGGGGAUAAGAGGGAAUCUACAGAGCAUCCAUCUUCCCGGAGGAACGAUAAAUCCGUCAAUCUUGUGCCCUAUGACGUUGUUCUCAGGGAAGCUGUGAUCAGAACUUAUGGCUGCACUGUUGUCCAUGCUAAACUCGACAGAGUUUCAGAUAGUGAGGAUAUCCCCACGAAUCCUGGAGAGAAUCUUGACAAUCCAGACACGAAUCUCUAUCCAGUUGUUGCUGCCAUUGAAAGCAAUAGCCACUUUUUCCUUGUCCAUGAUCUCGCCAUUAGCAAUACCCUCCAGGACUGCAUAACUUACAGUCCAGCUGUUCUCGAGAGAUCCCACAAUAAACCUCUAUUUCUGAUCUACCAGCUGUGCAAUCUCAUGAAAUCCAUGCACAGAAGAGGUCUCCUUCUGGGCGACAUCACUUUGGGUGAUAUGUACCUCACUGAAAAUCUCUGGCUUCAAGUUAUGCCUAAAAUCGAGGCUAACAUUCUCCAGUUGGAGAGUGAUUCAGAGCCAGGAGAAGUUUUUGAUCUCAUGCCAUCAACUUCAUCGCCCGGAAAGAAGAGGACUUGCUUCAUGACUCCAGAACUUGGAGCUCCAUCUUAUUCUCUGAGAGAUUGCUGUGAGAUGUGGUGCUGUGGCCACUUGUCCAACUUCGACUACCUCACGAUUCUCAAUAAUUUUGCCGGGAGACGCAUUGGCAUCCCUGGGCAUCAUCAUAUCAUGCCCUGGGUGAGUGACUUUGCCUUCCGGAACGGCAAUAACUGGAGAGAUCUCUCCAAAUCCAAGUACAGACUCAAUAAAGGCGAUGCCCAACUGGAUCUCACAUUCCAACCACAGAAUGGAGCUGAGAUUCCACAUCAUGUGUCUGACGUCUUGUCAGAUAUCACAUUCUAUGUGUAUAUGGCCAGGAGGACGCCAAGAUCUGUACUUUGUAGGCAUGUUAGGACUGUUUGGGUUCCAGCGGAAUAUCCAGCAUCUAUCCAACGCCUGCAGGAAUGGACUCCGGAUGAGUGCAUUCCAGAGUUCUUUACAGAUGCCAAUGUUUUCAAGAGCAUCCACGAGGACUUGCCUGAUUUGGAAGUCCCUGCCUGGGCCAGCUGCCCAGAGGACUUCAUCACGAAGCAUCGGGAAGCCCUAGAGAGCACUUAUGUGUCCGAACGAUUGCACAAUUGGAUUGACCUGACCUUUGGGUACAAACUAACUGGCCAAGCCGCUGUAAAGGCGAAGAAUGUUUGCCUAUCUAUGGUGGAUGAUCAUCAGAAUCUCUGCCAAAGAGGAGUAGUUCAGCUCUUCACGCACGCCCAUCCCCCCAAGAUGAUCCCCAAUGUGUGGUUGUCGAAGAACCAGCCAAGAAUCCACAGUCAAAUCGCUGAAACGUCCAAGAGACGGCUCACGAGAAGUUCCGAGGAUCUCAGUACACAACCCGGGGAAACCCUGGAACAAUCUCCAACUUCUGGCCGGAAGAAUUCCUCCUCGAAGCAACUCACAGCCAGUCGGAGUCACUGCAUCCCUGAAGAUGUGUCCAUCAGCAUUGAGAGAUCUAUGAGUUGCUACCAAAAUGUCCAGAAAACAAUUAUACUCCCCAAAGAUUACAAUCCCGUGUCCCAGCUCAUGGCUGUGGAAUCUGUUGAUGUCUUUCUGAGAAAAACCUUCCUCAAUGACGUGGAAAACUCGCCCAAAGUCGAGAUUCCCACGAGAUCAUCAGCUCAGUACAUGUCAGACGGGGAUUCGGGAUCCUUCACCAACAGGAUCUUCUCGGAAACUUAUGAAGCCAGCCUAAAGCACAACAAGCGCUUGGUUAAUCUCAAGCACAAGAACCAGAUUGUCCAGAAGUCCACGAGGAACUUUAAGCAAAUAAUCGCUGAGUAUCGACUCAGAGAACUUCAAAUUCUAGGAUGCCUCAUUGUGGAGCUCUGUCUACCCCAUAAAAUGCGUCCUUUGAGUUCAGCUGCCUGUGGAGGAACCUUUGAGCAACGUCUUGCUACUUGCAGGAGCAUCGUGAAAGCUGAUGGGGAUUGUCUUCCACCAUGCGUUCAGUAUCCCGUCCGACUCUUCCUCCAACUCACUCCGGAAGAGUCAAUAAUCACGGAGAAAGGUCUCCCAGUCCCAUCAGCUCAUCAAAUUCUCCAACCCUUGCUGACCAAUGCUCUCUUUCCCUUCCCGCCUACUUAUCUGGGGGUCUAUGCAACAAUUGAGACCCUCAAACGCUUCCAGGAAGCUCUGAGACUUCUAGAAAUGACCACGUACUUCGAGUGCGAUGGGAAAGAAUGUUCAAAAUAUGAGACCGUCGAUCGAACUCGAUUGGCGUUCCGGAGGAGAAUGGCAGAGUGCAAGGUUAAAGCCUGUGUGAGUCUUCUGGACAACAUCCUUGAACCAAUUGGCUAUGAACAGUUUUCCGCGGUUGAAUUAGUUCUUCCUCAUGUUGUGGAGCUGAUGUCACAUGAAGACACAGCUAUCCUGGCUGCUUGGUAUCUGUUUGAUGCUAUGGCAUCAGUUCUCGGCCCUGAAGAUACCCGGAAGCAUCUUCUUGGACCGCUUUUGCGUCUCUAUGACACAGACAAUGAAAGCAAAUGGGGUCAGGUGAAUUUUGACCUGAACACCACCCGACAGGGUACAAAUGCCUCAUUUAGAAGCAAGAAAUCCGUCAAGUUGUACCAUCAUAGCUUCCUCCUGCGACUUAUCGUGCGAUUUGGCUUGAGGGUCUUCCUUGGUAAUUUCAUAGCGCCCCUCAUUGAGGCUGUUGGCGGGUACAAAGAACCAGAAACUACAUCUAAUCUUCAUUCCCAUGAUGAUCGUCACAGGACCAAAUCCACUCGGAUCCUUAAACUCAAUCAAUCUGAGAGCCUGCAACUGCAUUCUCCAGAUGCUGAAGAUAAUGAAGGGAGGCGCAAAAAAGACACUUCUGAUCACGAUGGAUUGUUCUUUUUCGAGCAGGAGCACGAUGACGCUAAAAUGGAUGCUGAAGAUUUGGAUGCUGAGAAGAAUAUUCUAAAAUUGAUGGAUCACCUGGAAUUCAAGUCCGAUGGGAGUGUAUCAGAGUUGCAAUUAAAUCACGCACAGGCGGAAGAAGUUACAGAGGAUUCCAUUGUGGAUGAUCCGGAGAAUGAGAAGUCAUCCACAAUUCCCAUUCCUCACUGUGUCCGGAGCACUGACCAAGUCCUCACAAUUGGCUGUGAGGUAGGCAGUCGUAAGAGUACAGAUUCCACCGAGAUCGUCCUCAAUGAACCACAUAUGGGUCAGAAAAAUCAAGAUCGCAAUAGGAAGUCCAGCAGAAUCUCAGAAAUGAGCGCUGAGAGCCUCAUUUGGCUAUCUCAUCGUCUUGGUCCUGUACUCACAGCCAGGUACCUCACACGAAAUCUCCUGAAGAUGCUGACCCUUUGCUAUGUUGGUCAGGAAAAUCUUCUUCCGGAUGACUCUAGGCCUCCUCCGAGCAUUAACAACUUCUCAAUAGCAUGUGGAAGGGUUGUUGGGGAUCACAGUGCAGCGAAGAUCCUGGAGUGCCUAACAGCCAUUUCAGCUCUUUUCGGGGAGCAACUCAUCCUUCUGCAGUAUCUCCCGCAUGUGAGUGAAUUGAUCAUCCUCUGCAAGAAGCGCAUUACUCCAAGUCUCGAGGGUGCUCUAAUCAGUUCCCUCCAGCUUCUCAAGUACCUGGUUCCAUGUCUCAGUGAUUCCACAAUCAUGGAUCAACUGCACAAUCCCUCUCGAUGCUUCCAGGACAUGAUCCUUCAGUCAAUAGUGCAUCCCAUCAUAAAGAUCUGCUCAAGUCGAUGCCCCAUGCCAAGUGGCUUUCUCGCGAGGAAUGUCAUCGCGCGGAAACUCUUGGACACUCUCUAUGUCCUAUCCAUAAGGAUUGGCCGAGAAAUGACCAGAGAACAUCUCUGUGUUCCAGCUUUGCAGAGAUUCUUCCUGAUCUUUGACAAAGCUUACGGUGUAGUUGAAAAUUUGUCAUCUUCAGAAGCUAAGGGUGGACCAGAAUCUAGCCCAGUGGCCACAGAAGACUUGUACGAAGAAGUCAAACGAGAUGGUGGGAUCCAGGAAUGGACUCUUCAAGGAUCUCCCCUUCAAUUCUCCAUUGCAAAGAUGAAUGCUUCCCUAGACAGCGUCUCACCGCCAAUGGAUGCCGCAGCUUCUGAAGCCAAAAGCCAGGCCAUCAAGGAAAAAGUUCUCGAAGAAAUCAAGGAUGUCUUUACUCCCAAUCUCGCUCACGUGGCUUACGUUCCAUUCCUGAACUUCCUCGGAGAGAGUGUCAUGCAGCAAACUGUUAAGAAUCUUCCUCUGAUCCUCAAUCUCUGCCAUGAAUUUGAGCAACCAGAUGCUCCUCUAUCCUCCGACAGACCUUCCCGCAGUGAUUCCCUGAGACUCCCCGUUCCGGGAACUUCUUCAAAAACCGAUGAAGACUGCAGUGGGAUCUCUAACAGUUUCGGAACAACAGUUGUUGGCAAUCGCAUUGAGGUAAAGAGUGAGAAGGUGCCAGAAAUGGGCGUAAUGGAAGUUCUGGACAUGGUUACGUACAAGAUGGAUCAUGUCAACAACACCAGGCACCUCCGUGGGAACUGGCUGGCUUACUGGGAGCACGAAAUCGGACGCUCAGACAAGGAUAAUCAUCUCAAUUUGAAGCAGAUCAAGCUACAGAGCUAUGCUGGACACACAAAUUCCGUAAGGAGUAUUUUGGCCCUGGACAAUGAGAACAGCUUCAUGUCGGCUUCCAAGGACAAAACUGUAAAGCUCUGGAGUUUAAGAAGCGAAGGCGAUGGCUCGAAGGUUUCCACGUGUCAGUACACUUAUACAAAUCAUAGAAAAUCUGUGCAUUCCCUGACAUUCCUGGAUUCAUUAAGACUCACCGUUUCUUGUGAUUCAUGUGUUCAUUUAUGGGAUCCAUUUGUGGGGAGCUUGAUUGGCCAAUUGGAUGCCACAAAAUACAGCCCUGUCUCUGUUGUACGCACAUUCCCUGCUCCCAGUGCCCUGGUUCUUGCCGGAACAGCCGAUGCCUCUGUUAAGAUAAUCGAUGCCAGGGAUUUUUCCUACGUCAUUGAUUGGAAACUAACUCAGAAUGCCACAGGAUCAGUUCGUUGCAUGGCAGUAUCUCCUUCGGGCACCUGGAUUGCUGUGGGACUGAGUUCUGGACAGCUGACAGUUCUGGACAGUCGAACAGGAAUGAUUCUAGCCACUUGGCGUCCUCACGAUGGUGAACUGCUCCAGUUAACAGCGCCAAAUGAUCAUCAAGUGAUCAGUUCGAGUCUCGAUCACAGUAUUUCCGUUUGGAAUGCUCACGACGGAAGUCUUCUGUUCAAUCUCAAGAACCCAGCAGAGCCAACCCAUUGCCUCUACUACAACAGUCCAGAGCUGAUAUCUGGGACUCCUGCCAAUAAAAUCUGCGUGUAUUCGAAUAUCGAACCAGAGGCUACGUUCUUCGUUACGAAACUGCGAUCGGAUACUCUGAAGGGGGUACUCACGAGUCUCGUGGCACUUCCAUUGAAUCGAAUGCUCCUUGUAGGCAGUGACAGUGGCAAUAUCACCCUCAUCUGCUAAGGAUCAAUUGAUCCAGACACCAAAUGUUUUUUUGCAUCUAGAAUUAAUUGUAUACAAUUGAAAGUUAUGUGAUUUAUUUUAUUGUUCUUUUAGAUACUCGGUUAAUGCUCCUCACAUUGCGUUCCAAAUGAGUUAUUUUAUUCACUCUCUCUUAAUUUAUGCUGUGAAAAUUAUCAUGCAAAUAUAUACAAAUUUAGUGAAAAGA